AUGAGAAGAGGGAGGAAGGGGGGAUACGAGGGAGAGGGACAGGUUUUAGUGGUUAGACAAGACCUUAAGAUGAAAUCAGGGAAGAUUACAUCCCAAUGUGCCCACCGUAACACUGGCAUGUAUGCAGAAUUGAUGUAUAGUGAUCGAUCCCUUCUAAGACAAUGGGAGGAUUGCGGGCAACCCAAAAUUGUUGUUACAUGCAGGAAUCAACAAGAAAUGAAUAAGCUAAGGGAAGCAGCUGAGAAUAUUGGCCUUCCCACUUUUGUUGUUGCUGAUGCUGGAAGAACACAGGUGUUUUUCUUAAUCAAUUCGUGUAAUCUCACAAUUGCUUUACCUGAAUGUAAUGGCAACUUAUAGGUCUAAAGGCAUAUCAGAACCAAUAGACUCGU